AUGCUCUUCAGACGCAGCAGCAGCAGCAGAAGCAGCGGACGCAGCAGAUGCAGCAGCAGCAGCAACUUCUACCGUCCUAACAAGGUCUCCUGCAAGAGCAGCAGCAACAGCAACAGCAGCAACAACAGCAACAGCAGCAGCAACAGCAGCAGCACGCCGAGGGUAUUUUCUUCCCGCCCUACCGAUAAUUUGCCAAAUUAUUAUCAUGAGAAAUUAAACAAAGCAAACUCAAACCCUAGGACUAUCAUCAAGUUAUAUAGGAAGCACAUACGAGAGGUUGACGAGCCGGAGUAUAAAUGGCUCCCGGAGAUGGUGCCGCGUCUACUGUAUGCGAUGGCAGCAUUAGAAUAUCGAUCUUAUCAUUUGCUGCCAACUCUCCUCGAGCAUGUCGAGGCAAAUAUACAUCGUUGGCGUUUGCCCUCAGCAUGCAACAUGGCUAUUUGCCUCGCCCUCAUGGGGGUUGGAGAUAACUCAGGUAAACAGAUGCAGCUUGCCUCCCCCAUUAUCACCAGCAGCAGCGACAGCAGCAGCGACAGCAGCAGCAGCAGCAGCAGCACUUUGCAGCCACCUGCAGAGUUUGGUAGAUAUUUAGAUGCUGUGGGGUGUUCUCCCUUCGAUAAGAUUUCUUUAGCUUUCGCCUUAGCUAUUACUAAUCAAUAUGAAUGUGGUCUCAUAGAAGGAAAGGAAGCAGAAUCCCCAAUUGUACUCUUCAUCAAAAAAGCAUGCGAGCAGGUCAGCAACAGCAGCAGCAGCAACAGCAACAGCACCAUCAGCACCAGCACAAGCAGCAGCAUCAGCACCAGCAGCAGCAGCAGCAGCAGCAGCACGAAUUGA